CAUUAUUUUCCUUCAGGGUGGGGCUUGUUAUUGCAGUCUCUUGUCUUGGUUGACCCUGCCCCAAAGCAGCUGCAACACGGAACAAAUAUAUAAGGAGGGAAUGUGUGAUACGUGUAGUCAUUUUUCCUGGUCCAAGUUAGAUCUCCCUUCUGGAAAACACGCGACUGUCAAGUGGUGGGGCUGCAGCUGCAGCACCAGCCCCCCCUCCCCCCUGCUUUUGUUCGGUGGGAUAGCGCCGACAGGCCCGGCAGCAAGUAGCGAGAGAAGAAGCGUGGCAACAGCUGCCUGCCUCCUCCCAGUCAGCCCGCCUUUUUUUUUUUGCCCUGGCUUUAUCGCUCCAUUACUACGGCGCCUCAGGCCGACCAGAGGCCGCCAGCCAGGACCCAGGUGAGACUCUGUCCGGCCAAACGUUUCUCGGUGGCUGCGGCAAAGAGGGAGAGGAAAAGAACCGAGCAGGCCCUGCCUUGCAGCCUGAGCAGGCUUUUGUCCCCGUCAAUGGUGGAGCGCCGCCGGGCUUGCUGGGAAUGGCUUCUCCAUCUUCCUGAGACCGCGGAGGGUUUGAAAAACUGAGUCAAAUCUCAAAACUGUUCUGUCAAGGAACCCCAAUGUUUCUGGAAACUGCAACAGACACAGUGAGAAGAUGAGCAGCUACAAUUCAGAAAAACUGACGUUUGGAGUACAUGCUCAUAAAUCCAGAGAGAAAUUACAGUGAUUAAGAUAAAAAGAGAUGAAGAACUCUGAAAGUUAACUGAAGGUAGGAUGGAUGCUUCAGUAAUAUUGCCUAUUCUGAAGAAAAAGUUAGCCUUCCUCUCAGGUGGGAAGGACCGAAGAAGUGGCCUCAUUCUGACAAUUCCAUUAUGCCUUGAACAAACAAAUAUGGAUGAGCUGAGUGUUACUUUAGACUACCUGCUAAGCAUUCCAAGUGAAAAGUGUAAAGCUAGAGGAUUUACUGUUAUAGUGGAUGGUAGAAAAUCGCAAUGGAAUGUUGUCAAGACUGUUGUGUUAAUGCUACAGAAUGUUGUUCCAGCAGAGGUAUCACUUGUCUGUGUAGUAAAACCAGAUGAAUUCUGGGACAAGAAGGUUACACAUUUUUGCUUUUGGAAAGAGAAAGAUAGACUUGGAUUUGAGGUUAUUUUAGUAUCUGCCAAUAAGCUUACACGAUACAUAGAACCAUGCCAGCUGACAGAAGAUUUUGGAGGAAGUCUUAGCUAUGAUCAUAUGGAUUGGCUGAACAAGAGACUGGCAUUUGAAAAAUUUACAAAAGAAUCUACAUCCUUACUGGAUGAGCUUGCCUUAAUCAACAGUGGAAGUGAUAAAGGAAAUCAACAGGAGAAAGACAGGUCUAUAGACUCAAAUUUUCUUCCAUCUGUUGAUCCUGAGACUGUUCUGCAGACAGGUCAUGAGCUGUUAUCUGAAUUGCAACAACGCCGCUUUAAUGGUUCAGAUGGAGGGGUCUCAUGGUCUCCCAUGGAUGAUGAACUGCUUGCUCAGCCCCAGGUUAUGAAGUUGCUAGAUUCACUUAGAGAACAAUAUACACGGUAUCAAGAAGUAUGCAGGCAACGUAGCAAGCGCACUCAGCUAGAGGAGAUUCAACAGAAGGUAAUGCAGGUAGUGAACUGGCUUGAAGGACCUGGUUCAGAACAGCUUAGAACCCAGUGGGGGAUAGGUGAUUCAAUUAGAGCUUCACAAGCUUUGCAACAGAAACACGAAGAGAUUGAAAGUCAACACAGUGAAUGGUUUGCAGUGUAUGUGGAACUUAAUCAACAGAUUGCAGCUUUGCUAAAUGCUGGGGAUGAGGAAGACCUUGUGGAACUGAAAGCAUUGCAACAACAGUUAAGUGAUGUUUGUUACCGGCAAGCCAGUCAACUGGAGUUCAGGCAAAAUCUGUUACAAGCAGCACUUGAUUUCCAUGGUGUUGCUCAAGAUUUGUCACAGCAACUAGAUGGCUUGCUAGGGAUGUUGUGUGUUGAUGUAGCACCAGCAGAUGGGACAUCAAUACAGCAAACUCUAAAGCUGCUUGAAGAGAAGUUGAAAAGUGUUGACUUAGGUCUGCAAGGUUUGCGUGAAAAAGGUCAAAGUCUUCUUGAUCAAAUAUCUAACCAGGCAUCUUGGGCUUAUGGAAAAGAUGUAACCACUGAAAACAAAGAGAAUGUUGAUCACAUCCAGGGAGUGAUGGAAGACAUGCAGCUCAGGAAGCAAAGAUGUGAAGACAUGGUAGAUGUACGACGAUUAAAGAUGCUUCAGAUGGUUCAGCUCUUUAAAUGUGAAGAAGAUGCUGCUCAGGCAGUAGAAUGGUUAAGUGAAUUAUUAGAUGCUCUGCUGAAGACCCAUAUCCGUCUGGGAGAUGAUGCUCAAGAAACCAAAAUUUUGUUGGAAAAGCAUCGAAAGUUUGUUGAUGUAGCACAGAGUACUUAUGAUUAUGGGAGACAGUUACUACAGGCUACUGUCGUUUUGUGUCAGUCUCUGCGAUGCACUUCUAGGUCCUCAGGAGACACACUUCCAAAGCUGAACAGAGUGUGGAAACAGUUCACAAUAACUUCGGAAGAGCGAGUAACUAGGCUGGAGAUGGCUGUUGCUUUCCAUUCAAAUGCUGAAAAAGUUUUGCAAGAAUGCCCAGAUCAGCCUGAUUUUAUAAAUGACCAGGAACAAUUUGAUGAGAUUGAAGCUGUUGGAAAAUCACUUCUGGAUAGAUUAACUGUUCCCGUAGUUUAUCCUGAUGGUACUGAGCAGUACUUCGGGAGCCCGAGUGAUAUGGCUUCUGCAGCUGAACACAUUAGAGAGAAGAUAAAGCUAGUUUGUCUCAAAAAACAGCAGCUGAGGCAACCAGAAAUCUGUACCACAGAGAGCUAAUAGUCUCCAUUUGCCAGUUCAUAAGAUGUCUGUUCGUUACACCCAGCAUGUCAUCUGCAUUCUACGCCUCCCGUAACACGUUAAAAUGCAUUUCUACAGCUGUUAUAAAAAUCUCGUCCUUCUUGAAGUAAAACUUACUCGACAUCUUAACCAUGUAUUUCUACCAAGCCAUAAUUAUUUAACAUGCUAUGAAACCAUUGACUUCAAAUAUUAUCAAAAGGAACUGAAAAUAUUGCACUGAACCCUUUGCUCUGAAGCUUUACCCCAACCUGUCAGGUGCUUCUUUGUUUAAGCAACUGAUGCAAGCUUUGAAUGGUGCUAAUAAGUACAAGUUCCUCAGAGAAUAGUAAUUCUCGUUAUUCUCCAGGUGAUGUAGUAUUUUUAGGCUGUAGGCAAGCUAUCUGUUGUUUAGACAGUGGUGACCCUAUAGAUUUAAUUUGUAUUACUUUUUAAAUGGUCCUUUUUAUUGUGCCAAUAUACAUCCUGCCCAUCAAAUCUUUGAAAUUCACUAUAGUUGUUCCCCCCACCACUUUGUAUGGAUAAUGUAUUGAGAGCUGUUUUGUGCUUAAUAAAAUCCAUCUUUUAAAAAUCU